ACUCCCUUUCAUUCUUUAGCCCGCACGGGUUCUGACGGACGUACUCUGCUUCAGGGCAGCUGGUGGGAUCCCGGAGUCUCGAUAUUCGCCGUCCGUGUAGACCAAGGAGGAGCUGAAUCGGCUCCCGAACUCCAUGAAUCAACACACCCCUCUCGCCUGGUCGCCACGGCUGCUGCUACCGGGCCUGCUGCUGCUGCUCCUGCCGGACUGCGCGAAAGCCGCUUCCGGUGUAGCCGUGCAGGUGCUCACUGAUGUGACUGGCGUCUUGAAUGAGUCUACCACCUUGGUAUGUUAUCUGAUGUCUACUGAGAAUGUGACAGUCACCCAAGUAACCUGGAUGAAGAAGAAGCCAGAUGGCUCCCGCUCUACCGUGGCUGUCUUCCACCCCACCAAGGGACCCAGCAUCCCAGACUCAGAAAGGGUGACAUUCUGGGCCACCAAGCUGGACGGGAAUCCUUGGAAUGCAUCUCUGGCGAUUUCCCACGUGCAAGCCGAAGAUGAAGGCAGCUAUGAAUGUCAAUUUGCCACAUUUCCCACGGGCAGCAGGAGCAACAGUGUCCAUCUGCGGGUGCUUGCCCGACCUACAAACACUGCAGAGGCCCUGACGCCUUCUCCUACCUGGAAACUGCAGGACUUAGCUAAGUGCAUCUCCACUGGCGGUCGCCCUCCGCCUCAAAUUUCCUGGCUCUCGGACCUAAAUGGAACCGAAACCCGUGAAACUACGGAGCUAGGGCCCCAGCCAGGCACCUUCACAGUCACCAGCUUCUUUUCCGCGAUGCCCUCGAGACAUGCCGAUGGCACGAACAUCACCUGCUGCGUGAAGCAUGAUAGCGCCCGGGAGCCAGAGCUGCUACUUGUGAUCCUUUCUGUGCCCUAUCCACCUGAAGUGUCCAUCUCUGGCUAUAACAAAGAAUGGUCUGAGGGUCUUACUGAUGCGGCCCUGUCCUGUGACGCUCGAAGCAAACCAGAGCCCACUGACUAUGAAUGGAGCACGACUACGGGUCCUCUGCCCAACAACACUGAGGCCCAGGGCAAUCGGCUCCUAAUCCACAAGGUGAGCAAGACCACUAUCAAUAACGUGACCUUCGUCUGCAAUGUCACCAAUGCCCUAGGUUCCGGGCAGAACCAAGUAACCAUCUACGUUAAAGGUGAGCUGUCCUCACACCAGGAGGGAAGGGUACAGCAGGAUGGCCCCCAGGGAUGGGAGCUGGGUGUGCGUGUGGCUGAAUGA